AUGCAGCAAUUGACGUUAAGCUGCUUAGAAAAUGCUGACCGACAGCAGGAUUCAUCAAUUAAGCUUCGCCAUCAGAUAAGUGCGGUCAGUAGUUCAAGCUCCACAACAUCAAAAUCAAUUUCGUUUAUCACGCGAGAUGAGAUAAAAUUUAUUAAUAUGUGCAAUUUACUGACCGCGUCGUUUGUUCUCUGUUGGGGAUGUCAGAUGGUGAGAACUAUAAUUAGGAUUAGAUUUGCUUUGUUAAAUAUUUAUGUCUUUGCUUUAAUGUGA